AUGGUUCUUGUUCUGAACGCUAUUUAUCUUUCUUUUUCAAAACAUAUUAUGCAAGACUAUCAAGACUAUUCCGACGAUGAGGAUUCGAUGAUCGGUUCUGGUGUUUUUGUCUCCAAUAAUAAUUCGGCGCUGAAUUCGGUAAACCUAGAGGAUGACGACUCUAAUUCGGAUGAUUCAGAUGAAAGCGAGACUUACGAUCAGAGAAUUGAGGCUGAUCCUCCUUCUUCCCCACCUGAUGAUUCAGAUUUACUACAGCAAAAUUUGAGUCAAAUCGUGGAUCCUUAUCCCAAUAAUAAUCCUUAUUCAAACGAUAAUUUAUAUGAUCCACAAAAUUAUGAAUACGAUUACAAAUCUCAAGCUAGUGAAUCAUUAUCCGAAGAAUAUCAAGCGACAAGUGAGCUCGUAAAUCCGACUCCAAUUAAUUACGGAGAAUUACUAAAUGAUUAUCAACCCAAUAAUGGUUCUGAGAAAAACAACCAAAAUUUAAUUAAUAACAGUUCGAAAAUAAGAGCCAGAAAAGAUAAUAAGAGGACUGAGCCAAAGAAUUAUCUCCGUGAAGCCAUCAGAAGUCACAAAAAUAAUUCAAUCGAUUCGAAUGAAUUUGGCAAAGAUUUGGCCGAAUGCAUUCCCGGAUUAUAUCGUUUGUUAGACUUAAGUAAAGUUGAUGGUUCAAGUAGUUCUGUGGACAGGAUGACUAUUUCCAAGGAUUCUUUAAAAAAGCUAUGCAACAAUAUAAUUCCAUCAAGUUUCAAGUCUAUUUCUGAAAUUGAUUAUGAAAAGUUGAAUUCAAUCUCAUUUCGUCUUAUUGGAUGUUACGGAAAUCAUUUUCUCAUAGCAAAAUUCUUAUUGAAUAAGAAAAUUAUCGAUCAGAAAAUAUACGACUUGCUUAUAACUUCAGACAAUAAAAAUAAAUCUUCUUUACGUCCGGGAAUUUACUUAUUAGUUGUGGAUCAAGGUUUUGAUUUAGGCUUAGUUAUUCAUUGGUCUGAACCUGGAUGCUAUGAGGAAAAUGCUUCUUUACAACAUAAGAAUAAUAUGAUUUAUCUUCAUAGAUGUUUGACAAAACUUACCGAUUGUCAGCUUUGCUUUAUGAGCGAUAAAGACUUGGAUAGUUUUGAUUGGAACUUAAACAGUCUCGACCUCAAUUCAGACCACGAAAAUGGAUCAUGUUAUGAAUUUGAAGUCAAAAGUAGUCAGGAAGAGAAAGACGACUUCGAAAUCAAUCUUGGUUUUAAGAUGGAUUUACCUAAUGAAAUCAGAACUGAAAUAAAAAACACCAUUCAAUAUGACGUACCGUUAUAUCCGAUUG